UAGCAACUUGGUGUCAGUGGGAUGUUCCAUUUCUAAGCCAGAUGUGAUUACCCUAUUAGAGCAAGGGAAAGAACCUUGGAUGGUUAUGAGGAUGAAAAAAAUAAAUGGAGGCCAGAUUGAGGAUCCAGGUUGCUUCUGGGUUAUUAUAAAAGGGUGUAGUCCCUUUUUAGAUCAUGAAGUUGACUAUCAAAAACUUAAUAGAGCCAUGAAUGACUUCUAUAAUACCAUGAGUCAAGACAUAGAAAUAAAACCAUUAAUGUUGGAGGAAGGGCAGGUGUGUGUGGUUUACUGUCAGGAACUCAGGUGCUGGUGCCGGGCUGUCAUUAAGUCAAUUGUGUCUUCAGCAGACCAUUACCUGGCAGAGUGUUUCCUUGUGGAUUUUGCCAAGUACAUUCCAGUGAAAUUGAAAAACAUCCGAGUUGCAGUAGAAACUUUUAUGCAGCUUCCCUACAGAGCAAAAAAAUUCAGACUGUACUGCACAAAGCCUGUUACAUUACACGUUGACUUCUGUGAAGACAGUGCUAAGAUUGUACGCGCCAAGAAGUGGGAUGCUGCAGCUAUUCAGUACUUUCAGAACGUUCUAAAAGCAACUACCCAGGUGGAAGCCAAAUUGUGUGCUGUGGAAGAAGAUACUUUUGAGGUUUACCUUUAUGUAACUAUUAAAAAUGAAAAAGUUUGUGUUAAUGAUGAUCUGGUUGCAAAGAACUUCGCCUGUUAUGUGUCACCCAUGGAGAAUAAAAACCUUGAUUCUUCGGAGAAACCAGGCUUGAAUAUAAAGUCAGCACCCUUUCCCAAUAAACUCAACCCGGCGCUUGCUCUUUGGCCAAUGUUUUUGCAAGGAAAUGACUCUCAAGGAAUGGAAAAUAAAACUAUAAAAUGUAACAUGGAUUCCUUGAGUGGUUCACCUACAAAAAAAUCUGAAGAGAAACAACAAUGCAUCUCUUUAAAAGAUGUAAAUAAGUGUGUUGAAUCUUCAGUGUACUGGCCAGCAAAAAGAGGCAUAACCAUAUAUGCUGAUCCAGAUAUACCAGCACCCAGUGCUUUAUGUGAGAAGUCAAAUGAGAAACCACUUCGACUGGCUGAGAAGAAAGAACACAAUGAGAAGAAUGGCUGUGUAAAAUUAUUGCAGUUUUUAAAUCCUGAUCCUCUGAGAACUGAUGGAAUCUCUGAUCUGAAACAGUUGCAGAAGCCGACGGUGAGCUCACAGCCGCCCUCUGCCCAGCUCCGGAACAGGGUGGAGCCUUGCCUCUCCCUCGACACAGCGCCACUGUCGGCCAGCCUGAAAAAGGCUCUUCAAAGAAAUAAGUUUCUGGGACCUAGCCACACUGAAUCUUACUCUUGGCCUCCCAUAGCACGUGGCUGUGACGUGGUUGUCAUUUCUCAGUGUGGAAAUGACCCUUUGUUGUACCUUCCACCAGUGCUUACGAUUUUGCAGACAGGGGGCUGCUACAAGUCAUUACCAAGUAGAAACGGACCUCUGGCAGUCAUCGUGUGUCCUGGGUGGAGAAAGGCCCAAUUUAUUUUUGAAUUAUUGGGAGAGUAUAGCGUGUCCUCCAGGCCUCUUCAUCCUAUGGUGUUAACCAUUGGACUCCACAAAGAUGAAGCCAAAAAUAUGAAGCUUCCAAGGGGGUGCGAUAUAAUUGUUACAACACCACAUAGCCUCUUGAGACUUUUCAAAUAUCAAAGCUUGUUAUUUCUUAGACUCUGCCACCUCAUUUUGGACGAGGUGGAAGUAUUACUCUCUGAAGCUAAUGAACAAGUGUUUGCUAUACUAGAUAACUUUAAAAAAAAUAUUGAAGUUGAAGGAAGGGAAUCUGCACCGCACCAGAUUGUCGCAGCUGGGGUUCGCUGGAGCAGGCACCUAGAGCACGUCAUCCAGGAGUUCAUGACCGAGCCCUACGUGGUCAUCACCGCCAUGGAGGAGGCCGCGCUCUGCGGCAGUGUCCAGCAGGUUGUACAUCUUUGCCUAGAAAGUGAAAAGACCUCUACUUUACUCCAAACUCUUGAUUUCAUCCCCAGUCAGGCACAGAAGACCUUGAUCUUUACCUGUUCUGUAGCUGAAACUGAAACAGUGUGUAAGGUAGUAGAAAGCUGUUCAGUAUUUUGCUUGAAAAUGCAUAAAGAAAUGGUUUUUGAUUUAAAAAGUAUAUUAGAACAGUGGAACAAGAAGUUAAGUUCUGGCUCUCACAUUGUAUUAGCCCUGACCGACGACUGCACACCCCUCUUGGCCAUCACCGAUGCCACGUGUGUCAUUCACUUCAGCUUCCCUGCCUCGCCCAAAAUUUUUGGUGAACGCCUAUAUUGCAUGUCUGAUCAUUUUCAGAGUUUAACUGAACAGGGUUCUCCUGCAAAACCAGGAGAUAUGAAAACGAGGUCUGUCUUGCUGCUGACGGAGAGGAGUGCGGGCCAUGCCGUCGGUGUUCUGCGCUACUUGGAAAGAGCGGAUGCCAAGAUCCCAUCGGAGCUGUAUCAGUUUACUGCAGGGGUUCUGGAAGCUAAGGAAGAGAAAAAAGCCAGAAGGCCUCUUUGUCCAUAUCUUAAGGCUUUUGGAUUUUGCAAACACAAAAGGAUUUGUCCUGAGCGACACCAUGUUAAUCCAGAAAUAGACAUGCCAAGGAAAUUAUCCGACCAGGCGAUACCGACGUUUGGAUACAUUAAAAUAAUACCCUUUUACAUUGUGAAUGCAACACAUUACUUUGGUCGUAUAGUUGAUAAACAUGUGGAUCUUUAUGCAACUCUUAACGCUGAAAUGAAGGAGUAUUUUGAAGAUGCCAGUAAUAAAACAACUGUUGAACAGGUGGAGAAAUUUGGACUAUAUGGAUUAGCAGAAAAAACAGUUUUUUACAGAGUUCAAGUGCUGGAGAUGGGCCAGGAGGAAGACCAGUGGGCCCUGGAUAAAGUCCUGGUGAAGUUUAUAGAUGAAGGCAGGACUGGGAUUGUCCCAAGAGAUCAGCUGCUGCGUCUCCCAGAAAGUUUCCGCCCCCUGCCCCCCCAGGCAGUGGAGUUCAUUGUUUGUAGAGUGAAACCUGCUGAUGGUGAAAUUGAAUGGAAUCCUAAGGUUACUAGGUACAUUCAUCACAAAAUUAUUGGAAAAUUGCAUGAUGCAAAAGUGAUACUGGCUUUAGGAAAUACAGUUUGGAUUGAUCCAAUGGUGCAUAUCACGAAACUUUUAAAUUUGAAAACUUCUGUCAUUGAUUACAAUGUUCGAGCUGAAAUUUUGUCAAUGGGAAUGGGCAUUGAUAAUUCAGAACACAUAGAACAACUGAAAAAAUUAUACGAAGGAGCUAAAAUGCCAACUGUUGAAAAAAGCCUAAGCCAGACCCUGUAAGUAGAUUUUUGUUUCCCUUUUGGAACAGCUGUUCUGUGGAAGUACAUCUCAAAGUAUUAAAGAGAUUUUUUUUAAAGUAAAUCAUUUAACGAGUGUCCACAUUCCCAUCACCCAGCUCCAGUCAUUACCAGGAUUUUGGGAAUCUUGUUUCAUCCAGACUUCAGCCUCCACCUGUGUCUGUCUGACAGAAUGAAUUCUGUUAGCUUUCUGUUGGCAGCUAGCACAUGUACAGAAAAGCACACCCAUUGUAAGUGUAGUUUAGUGGGUUUUCUGAGCCCAGAAACAGGACACGAUGCAGGGCCAGCUUGUCCCUUCCCGGGGGCAGUGCUCUCCCGACACAGAUGGCUCUUCCCUGACUUGUCCUCUGAAUGAAAUCAUGCAAUAUGCCUCUUCUGUAGCUGGCUUCUGUAGCUCAGCGUCAUCUGUGAAACCCGUCUGUAUUGUGCAUAUAGCUGUAGAUCAUAAAUUCUUAUCACUACACUAUGUUCCAUUGUAUGAACACACCCUAAUUUAUCCACUCGUUCUGCUGCUGAAGGGAGGAGUUCCCAGUGGUCCGGGGGUAUACCUGGUGGUCCUUUAACCAGUCCCCUGCAUGUGUUAGUGCAUGUACGAAUGAAUUUGUGAUGGAAUAGAACUGCUGAGUCAUCAUUAGAGCCACUGCCCACCAGUUUUCCAGAUUGGUUGCACCAGUUUCCUCUCCCACCAGCAGUAUAGAGACCAUGAAGGUUACUCUGAGAAAGGUCCUGUCAGG